AAUAAUAUAAACUACAUAUACUAAUAAUUUAAUUAUUUAAUUAAAAAACAAAAAAUAAAAAAAUUUAAAAAAUUAAAGGCACUAAAUUCCUAAUUAUCCCUAUUUUUUAACCUCUUCUGUCGUCUCACGUGACAGUUUGGGGCUUUAGUUUGGUGCUCCAAUUGUAAGUGCACCUUAUUCACCGCUAGCUACCCCGCUUCUUUUCCUUUCAGUUCAUCACCCUUCCCUCUCUCUAAUCAACCAAACCCUAACCCUAAUAGAUGCAAACUCUGUUCUUAUUUCACUAUACAUUUUUAUAAUUCACACAUUCCAUUUCUCAAACUCUGAUUUCUUUUAGUAUCUUAGUGGUAAUGCGUUGUUUUGGCACACAAAUUUUCUUCAAAUUCGACAAUGGAGAAUUUAGAAGAGAUAGAGAUUGGUACCUCUGUGGUGUCCUUUCAAAAGAUUUUAGAUUCACAGAAGGAGCUUUUUCACUGUCAGAUCGAUCAACUUCAACGCAUCGUCGUUACUCAAUGCAAACUCACCGGCGUCAAUCCUCUCUCGCAAGAAAUGGCUGCUGGUGCCAUGUCAAUAAAAAUUGGAAAAAGACCUAGAGAUUUGCUGAAUCCCAAGGCUAUAAAAUAUAUGCAAGCAGUUUUCUCCAUGAAAGAUGCAAUCAGCAAAAAGGAAUGUCGCGAGAUAAGUGCUCAAUUUGGUGUUACGGUCACACAGGUUCGAGAUUUCUUUAAUAGCCAACGCUCAAGAGUGAGGAAACUAGUCCGUUUGUCAAGAGAGAAGGUUGCUAGAGCAAAUUCAUAUGAUGAACGACAAGAUGGGGUCCCAACAAGCUCUGAUCCCAUGGUGCCCAUUGAUAUGGCUCCAUUAAACUCUGUUUACCCUGAUCUAGUAAAUUUUGUUGGCUCCAAUCCAGCUCCCUUAAGCUCUGUUGGUUCCGAUCCAGCUCCCUUAAGCUCUAUUGCCUCCAAUGCCGCUCCUUUAAUCUCUGUUGGCCCCAAUCCAGCUCCCCUAAGCUCUAUUGGCUCCAGUCCUGCUCCCUUAAACUCUGUUGGUUCCCAUCCAGCUCCUUUAAACUCUUUUUACUCCAGUCCGGUUCUCUUAAACACUACUGGUACUGAUCCGUCUCCCUUACUCUCAGUUGGGCCAUCUAAUCUUGAAGAAGCACCAUCUUGCUCAAUGCAAGAUGACAUAUUACCUGGCUUACAUGACCAAGACAGACAUUUUGUUGAGAAUAUAUUUAAUUUGUUGCGAAAGGAAGAAACAUUUUCUGGGCAGGUGAAACUUAUGGAAUGGAUCUUGCAAAUACAGAAUCCUUCAGUACUAAAUUGGUUUUUAACUAAAGGCGGUGUCAUGAUCUUGGCUACAUGGUUGAGUCAAGCAGCUGCUGAAGAACAAACAAGUAUGCUGCUUGUAACUCUUAAGGUCCUUUGUCAUUUGCCCUUGCAUAAGGCUGUUCCUGAACAUAUGUCGGCCAUACUGCACAGUGUUAAUAGGCUGCGUUUUUACAGGACAUCAGACAUUUCAAACAGGGCAAGAGUUUUAUUGUCAAGAUGGAGCAAAAUGUUUGCAAGAGCCCAAGCCAUGAAAAAGCCAAAUGGCAUGAAAUCUUCUAUGGACCCACAGGAGAUGAUAUUGAAGCAGAGCAUUGAUGAAAUUAUGGGCAAUGAGUUAUGGCAUCCUAAUGGAAAUAAUCUUGAAGAUGUUCUUGCUUUGUCUGAAAGUUCUGAGAAUAUGAGUAAUGCUCCGUGCAGGAAAAUGGAGCCUUCGCAAACACUGAAGCUGUUGCCAGCACCAACAGAUGAUUCAAGCAGGAAGCACAUCCUAGGCGUAUUGUCAUCCCAUACCAGAGAACGCAGAAAAGUUCAGCUUGUGGAACAGCCAGGACAAAAAACUGGUGGCAGAGGCCCCCAGGCUACCAAAGCUGCACCUGCUAGUCAAGGCCGCCCAAUGUCCACUGAUGAUAUCCAAAAGGCAAAAAUGCGUGCUUUAUUCAUGCAGAGCAAGCAAGGGAAAACUGUUUCCUCAUCUAAUGGAAUAAAUGGUAUGAAGAAAGGUGGUCUUAGUAAACUUUCAAGUGCUCUGUCUGGUAAUUUGUCCUCGUCAUCGGAAGUUCCUCUUCUACCUAAGGUUGAGGAAACCAAAAAAUCUGUUGUAGCUCCGCAAAAAAAUUUUAAACAAGAAGGUCCCCUUGAUCCAAUACGGAAAAUGGAUUUAAAGGAGCCUUUGGAAGAUCUGUGCAAGAGGGUCCGGAUCCCAUGGCAGACACCGCCAGAAAUAAAACUCAAUGAUCUAUGGAGAGUUGGCAAUGGUGAGAAUAGCAAAGAAGUGGAUGUUCAGAAAAACAGAAACCGUAGAGAGAUUGAAAUAAUCUAUCGAACAGUCCAGGAUAUACCAGCUAACCCCAAGGCUCCCUGGGACGUUGAGAUGGACUAUGAUGACACCUUGACUCCAGAGAUUCCAAUUGAACAGCCACCUGAUGCUGAUGUUGCAGAAACACAGGUCAUCCCUAAUGAAAAAAUAGUGAACACAGUUGUCACACCUGCACCCACCUUGCCCCAGAUUAAUGGUGGGAGUGCAGCUGAACCAGACCUUGAGUUGCUUGCUGUAUUGCUCAAAAACCCAGAAUUGGUAUUUGCAUUGACUUCUGGCCAUGCCGGAAAUAUAUCACCUCAGGAUACUGUGAAGCUGCUUGAUAUGAUCAAAAGGAGUGGUACUGGUUUAGCUGAUAGUGUAAAUGUGUUUGGUGGAAAAGUAGAGGAGAAGGUUGAAGUUUCUCUUCCAUCUCCCACUCCCUCGAGCAACCCUGGAACGGCUGGAUGGAGACCACAGGUUGUGAAGAACCCCUUUUCACAGCAAAAUUCGAGGGGAAAAAGAGUUGCCUAUAGUGAUCGACCUGUCCCUACCACCAUCCCCUCAAUGCAGCCUCAGAAUCUAGACAGUAACAUUAAAAUACCUCAACAGCAGGCAACAGCAAGCCCUCAGUCACUCUCCCAACAAGUACAAUCAGCAAUUCCUCGCUUCUCAUUGCCUCAAACAACUUCAAGUUCUUAUAUACACGAAAACCAACAACUUUCAAUGAUUUUCCCAUCGCACCAGAGCCUCCCCACCAAUUCUUCAAUGUUACACACAAAAGCCUCAGAAAUGGGCUUACCCAUGAAUACCCCUCACGCACGCAACUUCUUAGCUGGGUCUUCAGUGCGAGUUGAAACUGUGAACCAUGUUCAACCAGCUCAAUCUGUAUCUUAUGCAAUGAAUACACCGGAGAGACAACCAGUUUCAUCUCCUUUGCCUCCCUCUCUGCCAAUUACAACUCGUGCACAUCCUCAAACACAUCUUGUAUCUGACCCUGUGCAUGUGCACCAAUCUACAGGAAACAUGGGUUCAAUGCCCGAAUCCUGGAGAAGUAGGCAGCUUGUAGCUUCCAAUUCUGUAUCUCAAGUUAAUCAAACCAAUUAUGAUGCAUCCUCAUUUAGAGGGCCUGCACAGCCUCAGGUGCGUCCAGGUCCUCCUUGGGAGAGGAAUGAGUAUAUGGGUAAUGAUGGAUUUGAGUCCUGGAGUCCAGAGAAUAGCCCUAGUAGGUCACCGGAAUACAUGCCCGGAAGAAACUAUCCAGGACCCGGAACAAAUCCGGGCUGGAAUUAUAAUCCUGAUAAUAGGGCCAGACAACGGGAUUAUAAUUCUGGGCACAGGGACCAAACCAGGAAUGGAAACAGAAGGUGGCGUUGAGUGGGGGCGUUAAACAUGCUUGUUAAACUGGUCAGGGCAGGGGAGUUGGGGUUGUUGGAUCAAGUGAUGGGCAUUCUGGAUUGUUGAAUUAUUGGAUGUGCAAAGCUUCCUUUUGAUUUUGAAUUUUGAUAACAAAAGAAAAGAAAAGAAAAAGAAAAUUAAAGCAUCUUAUACUCGCAAGGUUAUGCCAUGUGUUCUGUUUUUAAGUGCGUGAAGCUUUAAUGGGCCUGUGUGUACUUAAAAGGAAUCGUGGAUUAAUUAGAGUUUGAAGAAAGACACAGCACUACCCAGUCCGUAAACACAAAUAAAUAUGUGACUAAAUCAACCGAAGCGUCUGCAGAAGGAGAAACUAGAAACAAUCAAACGCCAAGGUUGUUUAAUCGCAACCAAACCAAGUUUGCAUAGUUUAAAGUGGCAAUGUUUGGGGAAAUAUGGUCUUAAAAAUCUUCGUAUUUUAACAACUGAAAAUUACCAUUCUUCAAUCCGAUAUUCUCAUAUAGUCAGUUAAAAAUAUCGACUCCCAAACCUUACUAACAAUUUCCUUUUUAAGUGCAGGUACUCUUUCAUGUGACACAAAAUAGGAGAUGGGCAGAAUAUUGUAUUCCUAAAAUUGUACGUGUUUAGUACUAUUUAUAUAAAUGUAUGUCAAAGACACCCUAUUUUUGUACAUUAUAGCUUAUGCUAAAAAGACUUUUAUGUAUAUGAUUUCUCGUCCAAAAAUGGAUUCCUAUAAUGAUUAGCGGUCAUCGAAUUUCAUGAUAAAUUGAUUUAAUAGCUAUAAUCAGACUUAUCAUAAUCUUACUAGUUAUGCUAGUUACAUAAUCUUACUAAUUAUCUUAUAUAAUUAGCGGUCAUCAAAUUUCAUGAUAAAUUAAGAAUUAUUUUUUAUUUAUGAAAAAUUACAUUUGUUUUAAUUUUUCAGGUAAAUAACAUUAUCUGUUUUUAUUUCUUUAAUUUGUUUUAUGAAUCUAAUUUUGUCGAUUAGAAAGUGGAGAUGAUAUUAUCAUUGUUAUUAAGGUGUAUGUAUUAACUUAUUUAUUAAAUAAGUAUACUUUGUUUAGUCGUUAUCAACAACUAUCUUAGGAGUAAUUUAAAAAUUAUCAUUAUGAGAAUAUAUUUAUAGUAUAAUUCGAGAUAACUAAAAUUCCUUUGUUCGCCAUUGUUCCCGCAUCUCCUAACAUCUACAAUCUUAGCAUUAGAAUAUUAAAUUUGAAAUUCACAUUUUACAACACUCAAAUCAACACAAUACCCACUGUUAGUAACUAUGAUCUCUCCAAUGGCAGCAGUAAUGAUGUUAUUUUUUCUAUGUUAGAAUAUUAAAGAACAAGGAUGGUGGAAAUGGUAGCAGUGCUUGUGAGCUUUGUUCUCUUUUCAGUUGGAGAGUCAGUAGUUGGCUUGAUGGCGGAAAUGGCAGUGUGGGUAGUGGCCAUUAGUUUAGAGUUGAUAAUAAGAAACAGGAGAAGGAGAAAAAAAAAAGAGAGAAAAAUAGUAUUGGUGCAUAAACUUUUAAGGGUGAAUUUGGUGUUUUAAUUUAAAUUAACAAUAUAUUAAUAGAAAAUCAAACAGAAGAGGUAUUAGUAUAAUCUAUUUAAAUAAAUAUAGAUUUUGAUGUAUUCAUAGAAUUUCAAAAGACUACCGUCCGCCAAAAUCUCAAGGAGGAAAUAGUGAAAAACUCUUAUAAACUUAAUAUUUUAUUCAAUUUGCUAUGUAUUUUUCCUAAAACAGGUCAGACUUAUAUAUAAAGAGAAAAGAGAAUUAAAAAGGUAAGAUAGCAAGAUACAAGCUGUAUACUAUAUUAACUUCUUGAUUAUAGGCAUGAGUUGAUGAGAAUGAUUCCUUUGAAUAUUUUCUUGAUUUUCUGCAGUGAUAUUUGUUUCCAUUGUCUUUGUGAAAUAUUUUGUUUCCUCAAUUAACUUUUCUUCCUUAUCAGCCCCCUUCAAGUUGGAGACGGAGUGUAAAUGGAGUCUCAUCUUGUCGUGAAGGAAAACAAAAGGUGCCUUUGGUAAAGACUUGGUGAGAAUAUCUGCUAUUUGAUGUGAAGAUGGCACAAACCAUGUGACAAGAUGACCCAUGGCUACCUUUUCUCGGACAAAUUGAUAGUCUAUUUCAAUAUGCUUUGUCCUCGCAUGAAAACGAGGAUUAACCGACAUAUGAAGAGUGCUGAGAUUGUCGCAGAAUAAUUAUGGAGCAUGAAGUAAAAGGAUGCCAAUGUCACGUAAUAAAAAUGUGAGCCAAGUUAAUUUAGCUGUGGUGGAAGCCAUGGACCUGCAUUCUGCUUCUGAACUAGAUCGAGUAACUGUAGGUUGCUUCUUUGAACACCAAGAGAUGCAAUUUGCACCUAGAAAAGCACAAAAACCUAUUGUGCUUCGUCUGCUUAAGGGACAACCUGCCCAAUCGGCAUCUGAAAAAGCAUAGUCAAAAAAAAGAUUAUGUUCAAUAUAGAGAGGACUGUUAGAAAUGAACUGUAAGCCAUAGUCUUGUGUACCUUUAAGGUGGUGAAGAAUUCACUUGACUGCUUUAAGAUGUAGUUCUGUGGGGGAGUUGAAGAAUUGACAAACUUUAUUUACAGCAUGUUGAAUGUCUGGUCGAGUGAAUGUGAGGUAUUGAAGAGCGCCAACAAUACUUCUAUAAUAAGUAGCAUCUACACCAUUUUGUUUUGACA